AUGAAUACUAUGCAUGUCAUUUAUGUAUUGAUUAGUUGUUCAAUUUUUUUACCGUCAUUUAUUUAUUCCAAUGAAGAUUUUUAUCAACUACUUGGAAUAACAAAAUCAGCUACGCAACGUGAUAUACGACGUGCAUUUAAACGUUUAGCACUUGAAAAGCAUCCAGAUAAACGAACUGGAGAUCCAGACGCACAUGCAGAAUUUUUACGAAUCAAUCGUGCAUAUGAAAUUCUACGUGAUGAUGAAUUAAGAAAAAAAUAUGAUACAUAUGGUGAAGAAGGUCUUAAAGAUGAUUUUAAUCGUGGCAAUCAAUAUCAAUCAUGGAAUUUUUAUCAACAUAAUUUUGGUAUUUAUGAUGAAGAUCCAGAAAUUAUCACUCUUAGUCGAGCCGAUUUUUUACAAUCCGUUGUUGGUGCACAAGAUGUAUGGUUUAUUAAUUUCUAUUCUCCACAAUGUUCACAUUGUCAUGAUUUAGCACCAGUGUGGCGUGAAAUAUCGAAAUUACUUGAAGGUGUUAUUCGUAUUGGUGCAAUUAAUUGUCAAGAUGAAUGGAUGAUGUGUAAUGAACAAGGUAUUCAAGCUUAUCCAACAUUACGUAUUUAUCCCAAACGUGAUACUUAUCAAGGUCCAAGAGAAAAAGAUGCACUUAUUCGUUAUGCAAUGAGCUUUGUAUCAGCUAAUGUUAUUAAAUUUGAUGAUCGAAUGUUUAAGAGUUUAAAAUUUGAUAAAAAUAAACCAUGGGUUGUAUCAUUUUGUCGAGAAAUUGAUGAAGGUGAUUGUUUAGAUGAUGAUCAAGUUUAUAAAUUAGCUGUUAUGCUAAAUAAUCUUGUACAAGUUGCUAGUGUUAAUUGUCAUGCUGAUCCAGAUGUAUGUAAUCAAUUACAACCAGAAAGUUCUAUUCUUUAUUAUCCAGCUGAAGAAUUUCCAUCGAAUAAUAGUUAUAAAAUAACAAGUUUAAAUUUAAAAGAUAUUGUUUCACAAAUCUUAGCACUUUUACCUGAUUUAUCAUUAAUUACAGAAGAUCAAUUUAAUAAAUUAAUCAAUCAUUUGAAGCAAAGUACAGUUGCCAAACCAUGGUUAAUUCAUUUUGUUGAUCAAACGAAUAAUGAUAAAGAUCAUGAUCUAAGAAAAUUACCAUCAAUGUUAACGGAGUAUAACGUUGGUCGAUUCGAUUGUUCAUCAUCACAAAAUACCUGUACUGACUUAUACAUAUUCAAAAAACCUGCUUUUAUUUUAUUCAAACGAGGUGGUCAUUAUGAAUUCUAUUAUGGUCGUCAUAUAUCUAAUGAUAUUGCUGGAUUUGUUCGUGAUAAUGCUUUUUCACCAUUACGUACAUUAAUUCCUUCUGAUUUUCCAUCGGUAACAACUGAUUCAAAACCAUUUAUAAUCGAUUUCUUUUCGCCAUUUUGUCCACCAUGUAUGCAUUUAUUACCUGAAUUUCGUAAAGCAUCAAACCGUUUGAAUGAUAAAGUUAAUUUUGGUACAGUUGAUUGUACAAUACAUCAACCAUUAUGUCAACAAACGGGUAUAAAUUCAUAUCCAACAACAAUAAUGUACAAUCAAUCAGUUCAACAUUAUUUUAAUGGUCAACAUCAUGAACAAGCAAUAAUCAAUUUUAUUGAUGAUAUAUUAAAUCCUACUGUUAUUUCAUUAGAUAAUGAUUUAUAUGUAAAGUUAAUCGAAAAUAAAAAUUCAAAUGACAUGUGGUUAAUUGAUUUUUUUAUGCCAUGGUGUUAUCCAUGUCAACAAUUAAGUGGUGAAUGGAGAACAUUAUCAAAAUAUUUAAAAGGUAUUGCUUAUGUUGCACAAGUAGAUUGUACAGUUCAAUCCUAUCUAUGUCAAAGACAAGGUGUUUAUAGUUAUCCAACAAUUCGUCUCUAUCCAUCAAAUGCUGACGGACAAACUUAUAUUUUAUAUAAUAAUGGAUGGCGUGAUGCAAAUUCAUUGCGAGCAUGGGCAUUUCAAUAUUUACCAAGUAAAGUUAUUGAACUUGAUGAAAAAAAUUUUUCGACAAAUAUUUUACGUGACUCAAAACCAUGGUUAAUUGAUUUUUAUGCACCUUGGUGUGGUCAUUGUCAUCAUUUUUCACCAAUAUUUGAAAGUAUUGCACGUAGACUUGAUGAAAAAGUAAAUUUGGGUAAAAUUAAUUGUGAUAAUCAUCGACAAGUUUGCGAACGAGCAUCAAUUCGUGCUUAUCCAACAGUUAAAUAUUAUAAAGGUUCAAGUGAUUCUAAACGACAAGAUUUUCUCGGUGAUGAAAUAGGAAAUUUAGAUGCAGAUUUUAUUGUUAAUUAUAUUACUAAUCAGCUAAAAGAACAACAACAAACAUCAAAUGUACAUCAUACAACUGAAUUAUGA